AUGGGGGAAGAUCCUCCUCUGCGCAAAAUCCAACAUGGCAAAGGUUCUGCGGCCAGGAAACUGAAGCGCAGGAGUGGUGACUCACUCCUCACGCCUCGCUCUCUCACCCCAGGCGAUAGCAGGAGGGACAAAGAAAAGGAGAUGGCGGCCAGCUUCUUGCAGUUCUGCGCAAUGUGCGAGAAGCAGAUUAUGACUCCCUGCAACUCGAUUCUCUAUUGCAGUGAAGCAUGCCGUCGUAAAGAUGCCGCAAAACCUCUCUCGGCCUCCAAUCUGUCCCUUGAAUCUUCUUCGCCGCCGCCUUCCCUCGCCUCCUCUCCACGUCCUACUAUACCAGCGCGCCUCUCCAGCGCUUCACCGGAACCACAUCAAGAUAAACCUGCCAUUCGAAUACCCUUUGAUCUCCACGACCACAGAUCAGAUCUUGACCCAACCGAAUGGAAACCCAAGAUACCUCACCGUGGCGCCUCGACGAACUCUGAGGCAUUCCGCUACUUGAGUCGCUUCCACCAGACACACAACAUGGCCAUCAGCAACGCUUCCGAUCAUCCUGACAAUCACCUUGUCAGGCCCGACCGCCCACCGGCAACGCGACACAAGAGUACUCUGAGCAUGUCUACCUUGACACCUAGCACCACGACGCCAAGUCUAGCCAACAGCCCCACCACGACAUCGUCCAGCUUUGGCAGCAUGUAUGAGUUCAACCUGCGUCCGCUGGCUCCCCGCACCAAUCCGCUGUAUAGCACCAGCGCUGGUCACGCCAGGAGUAUAGAUUUGGUGACGCCCCAUAUCCCGCCCCCCGCCCCGGUGGUUGUAGGCGACGUGGCUCUUGACGGGUCGAUUGCUAGGGUGGAAUCCGAGGUUGACUUCUGGGGCAAGAAAGUGGUCAAGCCUGUCGUACCAGCCGCGACGCCAAAGGGCGAGGGACUGGGUGCUCUGUUGGGGAAGCAUUCUUGA